AGGCGGAAGCGGAAGUGACGUUUCAGGGGCCAGGUUGGGGCUGGCAUUGCCGUCAUGGUGGGUGGAGGGGGCUCCCUGGUACCGGAGCGGUGGACCGAGUACAUCCCGCUGGGCAGGAGGAUGCCGGGCACCCGCUUCAUUGCCUUCAAGGUCCCCCUGAAGAAGAGCUUUGAUCGGAACCUUCAUCCAGAGGAAAGAUUUUCGCCUCGUGACCUCAUUAAGAAAAUCAAAGAACAGAAGGAAGAACUGGGCCUGAUCAUUGACCUGACAUACACAACUCGCUACUAUGGGCCGGAGGAGCUCCCAGCCACACUCUGCUACUCCAAGAUCUUUACAAUGGGACACGAAAUACCGAACAGGCACACCAUUUUUCAAUUCAAUUGCGUGGUAAAAAAGUUCUUGAGAGACAACAAAGACAACGAUAAACUCAUCGGAGUUCAUUGCACGCACGGCUUGAACAGAACUGGCUACCUGGUUUGCAGGUACUUGAUUGAUGUUGAAGGUAUGGAGCCGAAUACUGCAAUAGAGUUGUUCAACAGAGCUCGGGGGCAUCCUAUAGAGAGAACCAACUAUAUCCAAGAUCUUCGGAAGAGAGCUGUAAAAAAGAACUGUGGACUACAGAAUUUGGGCUCAGGCCCCUUCAGAGAAAAAGCCGGCACUAUACCAAACACCAAAAAGCAGAUGGCUAAACAUCACCCACAUCGUUCGAACCAAGCUGCCUUAGCAGUGCCCAGAAACUCCAGCAGCACCAAGAAGAAACGUAGGCGAGGCGCCAAGGGGCAGGCAGCGCACCAGGAGCUGGCGCACGGGGUGAUGGAGCAAAGGUGGCCGUAUGGUUUGGCAGCGAGGAACUGUUGGGUUUCACCACCUGCUAACGAGUGGCACAAUAGACUCUGCUUUCCCACCCAGAGCCCCCACUUCUGCCCGGCCCAGGAAACACAAGCUUCCAGGAAACGCCGGCGCCGGCGUAGGAAGCCCGUUGUGACAGCGUAGGGAAUGUUGUACAAAAGUUUGGCCAGGGCCACCGUGUCCUCACGCUGGAGGAGCUCCGCGAUGGCUCUCUCACCGCUUUGCUGUAUCAGGAACUGCAAAUGCAGGUGUUCUUAACUUAA